AAUAUGCGCUAAUUGCUGAUUAGUAAUUUAUUUUUUUUGAAAAAAAGGAUUUUUAUGGUUGUUUGACAUGAGACUUUUUAGAAUGUAUCCCGGUUUGGCUAGCCUAUUGAAAACUUCUGCUUAUUGAUAAUAACAACAUCAACUCAACUGACAGAAAAUAUUUGCAAAUUAUUUAUCUACGACAAAUUUUAAUCCGGAGUCAUUCAUUAAUUUUAUUCUAUGUGUUGCCACACCAAAAUUUUGUGCUGUUAACGUAGGGAGAGGAAAAGGAGAGAAAUUAACAAAAUUAAUUAGGCUUUAUUGUUAUGAAGAAUAAAUGACAUCUAAAAACCAGCAGCAGUUCCUUUAAAUAAGUAAUAGAAGUUAGCCUUUCUAUGCAGCUUCCUAAAUUUUGGCGAAGCUAACAUUCAGUGCUAAAUUUAUCUGAUUUGAAUUUAUCCGCAGCCUUUGUAAAAGACAUAGAUAUUCUUAUUUUUUUUGGCGGCAGUUAUAGCAAGGAAUGCUAUUUUGCUACUUUGAAGCAUGAAUAUAUCUAUGUUUCAAGGCUAUAUAGAAGCAAAGGGCUAAAAAUGGAUACUAAAACAACAUUAUAAAGAAAAUUGGGUGCUUAAACCUGAUAGGAUGUGAAGUGAACAUCAUUAAGUUCUUUGCAAAUAAGCAAGCCAGUUGAUAAAGGAGCAAGGAUUGAAACUAUAGCUGUAAAAAAUAACAUUAGAUGAAAGCAAGGAUUAAAGAAUUGUGGAAGAUACGACGCGGCAAACUAUUUAGCAAAUGGAAGUUUUAGACAAUAUGGCAUUGCAAAACACGAAUGAGAAAAAGUAUACGGAAAAUGAUCAAGAUGUUUAUGACGCAAUACUGAGAGUGAAACACUUGAAGCGAAAAGCAAGAAACGAGAAAGAACACAUGAUUAUCUACUGUACCGAAUUGGCAAUAAUAACGAAAGAAAAGAAGGAAUUGGAAAACGAAGUUAAAAAGUUGAUGGAAACCAUUACUAAAUUACGUGAAGAAAAUCAAAAACUUUUACAAAGUCAAAAGUGCAUAAAUAAUAUUCCCCAAGACUUCCAGAGAUCAAAAAUUCAUAACAUUGACAUCACACCUACAAUUAUUGAAACAGAUAGCAAAACAAUUCAAGUAGAUAUAAAACCACUACGUCGGCCAAUGGAAAUAAAGAAAAUUAAUGGCAUAGCGAUACAACCAAACAUCUUGCAGAAUACAGGUAGAAAAAGAUUCGCAGAUAGUUCAACCCAAACGAAACUUAAAAUGUCACGUUCCAUAGCGUGUUUAACUGAGAAAUUGACAUCAUUGUCCGUUCAUUGCGAUACGUCUGAUUUGCAAGAAAACAUGGCAAAAAGCAGAAAAAAGAAGAAAAAAUUAAUAGAAUUUCGAUACCUGCCGGAGAAGGUAUCUCCCACACAGUAUCUAAUGAAAUAUCAGAAUCAACAGUGUCCCGGCAAUUUAAGACAAACAGAUUCAUCCAAUCUUGAAAAGAACGGCAUACACCUGCCGUAUUUAAAACAAUCAGAGAAAUUACCAGAAAUACACGAGAACUUUAAAUCAAAUUUAAGAAAAGAAUAUAGCAAUUUAGAUAUUUUUGUGAAUAAAUAAAUGUUUUUUACCAUA